CUUAAUCAUGACAUGGAUGCAGAAGAAAAAGAGAACGAACCAUCAGAGUACAGGACAGUUGACCUGAUCAAAUCAGACUUUUACCAGGCGAUCAAAGGAAUCAACAGAGGGAUUUUUGGAGUACAAUCUGCUAGAAAAUCUGAGAUUGAAGAACUGGUGGAGUUGCUUAAGUCCCAGAAUCCAACACCUGACGCUGCAUUGCAUCUAGAGAAGGUUGGAGGAUGCUGGAAGCUUGUUUACAGUACAAUAACAAUUUUGGGAGCCAAGAGGACAAAACUAGGAUUGAGACAUUUCCUCACCUUGAGGGAUAUUUAUCAAUCCAUUGAUGUUACCCAGGCCAAAGCAAUUAAUGUGGUCGAGUUCGAUGUUCGAGGUUUAAGUUUGUUGAAUGGACAGCUUACAAUUGAGGCUACCUUCAAGAUAGCAUCUAAAUCAAGAGUUGACAUAUGUUAUGAAAAAUCAACAAUCACUCCAGACCAGUUGAGGAAUGUGCUGUGGAGAAAGCAUGAUCUUCUGCUUAGCAUCUUCAAUCCCGAAGGUUGGCUUGACGUAUCGUAUGUAGAUGAUACCAUGAUGAUUGGAAGAGAUGAUAAAGGUAAUACCUUCGUCUUAGAAAGAUCGGAGUAAAGAACAAUCAAAUGAUCAUGUUUUCGCCUAGACCUCGCAGCAGAGCAUGAGAAUAGUUUUCUUCUUUUUCUUUGAAUACUAGAAAUAGUGGCAGCUAAAUGCUU